AUGCUGCUGAUUCUGACUCUUAUGUUAUUGAACAGAACUAUCCUCUUGGAGCUUUCAAGCCGGCAUGUAAUGUUUCUAUUACCUUUACUGAUGGGAAGAAUCGUAAACAGGAUUCAUGUUAAGAAAGAUAAUGGACAGACGGUUAUGAACCCACUUUUCCAGAGUCAAGAAACUAUUGCUGGCAAGAGAUUUGUAUUCAGGUUGUUCCUUAUAUCAGGGAAAAAGGUGGAGCACAAUGGUGUUAAAGUUGAACUUCUUGGUCAAAUAGAAAUGUACUUUGACAGAGGAAACUUCUGCAACUUCACUUCCUUGGUGCGGGAGGUUGACGUACCUGGAGAGAUAUAUGAAAAAAAGGCAUACCCUUUUGAAUUUUCAACUGUUGAGAUGCCACAUGAGACAUACAAUGGCGUCAAUAUAUGUCCUCAAAGUAACAGUUACACGUGGCUAUGGUGGAAGCAUCGUGGAGUAUUAGUUACACGUGAAUUUGUGGUCUGUAACUAUUCGCCACUACCUCCAAUCAACAACAGCAUCAAGAUGGAAGUUGGAAUUAAGGACUGCCUGCAUAUGGAGUUUGAGUACAAUAAAAGCAAGUACCACCUGAAAGAUGUUAUCCUUGGGAAGAUAUACUUCCUUGAGUUCCUUCUGGUCAGAAUCAAGAUAAAGAAUAUGGACCUUGAGAUCAGACGGGAGAAUCAACUGGAACAGGAGCUAAUACCCAUGUCAAGACAGAAACACUUGCCAAAUUUGAGUUAA